AAGAGUAUGACAACAGUUGUCAUAAUUAAGCGAUGGCUUCAACUCUCAUCGUUUUCUUCACUCUUGUUCUUACCUUCUUCCUCCUUCUCAAAUCUCAUUCUUCUGCUGAGACUCCUUUGUGGGUGAAAGCUGGUUACUACUAUUCAGGCAGCGAAAUUUCGGCUUCAGACAUAAAAGCCACCCUUUUCACUCACCUCCUAUGCGCUUUCGCCUUCAUAAACUCCACCAGCUACAGCAUCUUCAUCAACUCUUCGGAGGUGCACAAGUUCUCCACCUUCACCACCACAGUGAGGCUCCAAAACCCUUCCGUUACAACUCUUCUGUCCAUCAGGGGUGGCAGAGGGGACACUUCAGUCUUCUCCUCAAUGCUGAACCAAUCCUCUCACAGAAACUCUUUCAUUGAUUCUUCCAUCACAACAGCCAGGCUAUAUGGCUUUCACGGCAUAGACCUCUAUGGGGCGGGACCAAGGCAACAAGGUUCAGACCUUGAAAAUUUCAGAACCCUUUUGAAGGAGUGGCGUGCUGCUAUAACUUCUGAGGCAAGAAACUCUAGCAAGAAAAAGUUGUUGUUGGUGAUGUCAGGUUACUAUCUUAAGGCUUCAGACUCCACGAGUUACCCCUUUGACUCAAUGCAGGAGAAUUUGGAUUGGGUGCAUUUUGUGGCUUAUGAUUACUAUCUUCCUAGGAGGGACAAUGUUACAGGUUUUCAUGCAGCUUUGUAUGGUUCAUCAGGUUGGGACAACACUGAUUCUGGCAUCAAGGAGUGGAGGAGGAGGGGGUUUUCUUCUAAGAAGCUGUUAAUAGGGUUGCCUUAUCAUGGAUAUCUGUGGAAAGUUGUGACACCUGGAGCAGAAACUGGUGUUGGAGCACCGGCAUCAGGACCUGCCACUACAAAGGAUGGUUCCAUGGCUUAUAAGUUGAUAAAGAGUUACAUGAAAAGCUUUGGGAAUGGAGUUGUUUCGCAUUACAAUGCUAGUUUUGUGGUGAAUCAGUUCACUGUUGCGCCUGUGACAUGGGUUAAUUUUGAUGAUGUGGAGGUAAUCAAGGCCAAAGUUUCUUAUGCAAAGGAAAAUGGGCUACUUGGUUACAGCGUUUUCCAAGUAGGCAAUGACGAUAAUUGGGAACUUUCAAGGGCAGCUCAAGAAGUUGACGAAGAUCAUCACAAGAGGAGAUUGGUGAUAAUUGUUCUGCUUUCAACUCUGACUUUGGCGCUUCUAUUGGGAAUUGUACUUUGCUACUACCAUCGAGGAACAGCAGCCACUACUGUCACAAAAAUAUUAUAUAAACUGAGAUAUUUAUCAGCAACAGAAAAAGAUAUCGAUGGAAACGCUUCUGAUCUGAUAGUAUUUAGUUAUCUCACUAUUAAAGUGGCAACAAAUAACUUUUCCAAAGAUAAUAGGCUCGGAGAGGGUGGAUUUGGCACGGUUUACAAGGGCAAAUUACGGAGGGGACAGGAAAUAGCUGUAAAAAGACUCUCAGAAACUUCAAAUCAAGGCCUUGAAGAGUUCAAGAAUGAAAUCACGCUUACAGCAAGACUACAACAUGUGAAUUUAGUUAGACUUCUGGGUUACUGCACAAAAAGGGAAGAGAAGAUUCUGAUCUAUGAAUACCUGCCAAACAAAAGCUUAGAUCGUUUUCUCUUUGAUCUAAGGAAAUCAAUUCUUUUAGACUGGAACAAGCGUGUCAAUAUCAUCGAAGGCGUUACUCAAGGCCUUCUUUAUCUCCAAGAGAACUCAAAUUUUACUAUAAUCCAUCGCGAUCUUAAAGCUAGUAAUGUUUUGCUAGAUCAUGAUAUGAAUCCGAAGAUAUCAGAUUUUGGUAUGGCUAGGCUUUUCAGGAAGUAUGACUUGGAAGCAAACACAAGCAGGAUCGUUGGAACAUAUGGGUAUGUACCUCCUGAGUAUGUGAGAAAAGGCAUAUACUCAACGAAGUACGAUGUUUAUAGUUUUGGAGUUCUCCUCUUGCAAAUCAUAAGUGGAAAGAGAACUUCAUGUUAUUAUGGCGCGCAUGAAAAUAUCACCCUUUUGGAAUAUGCAUAUGAGCUAUGGAGGGAAGGUAGAGGUGUAGAGUUUGUUGAGCCGUCAUUGGAUGAUACAACAUCACCUUGUAAGAUCAUGAGAUGCAUGCAGGUGGCUUUGUUAUGCGUUCAAGAGAACUCUGCAGAUAGACCCUCCAUGUUGGAAAUUGAUUCUCUGCUGAAGAAUGAAGGUGCAACUAUUGGUACUCCCAAAAUGCCUGCGUUUUCAGUUAAGAAACAUGAAGAUGAGGAAGAAACAUCAAGCAUUGGGUUCAAAUUUUCUUCAAUCAAUGAUGUUACAAUUUCUCAACUGGCACCAAGAUGAUGGAGCAGGACAUUCUUGUACUUAACUAUGAAUGAAGUCGUUUCAGGUUAUUUUUCUUUGACUUUGUUCCCUUGUACGGUUUAUAAGCCUACCAGGUGAGAAUGAUACUAAUAGACUAAUAGUUAGUUAGUAGUUGUGUGGGUUAACUACUAUUAUUAUUAGAGAAUGUGAUUAUUAUAGUUUAGGAUCAUCACUAUGUGACUAUGAUUUAGCUCUUUCACUAACAUGCAAAAUAUUAGUGGUAGUAGUACUUUAUGAUUGGAAAUGGAAAACCAUCAUCAUUCAUCCCAUUCUCUGGCAACUGAUUGCACCUGUUGUACAAGUGUGUGAUGUGAAUAACACUUUUCUUCCAUUGAGUU